CUAAAUUUCAAUUUGUUUUGUCUACAGAGUGAACAUUUUUGAAUUAUUUGAGUUUUUAACUGCAAUUUGUGUAAAAAUUUGUACAGAAAAAUAAUCAAAUAAUAAAAUAUUACAUUUAAGUUUUAGUUAUAAAACAGCUAUAAAAUGGCUUUGUGGAAUAAGGUUUUGUCAGGUUUUGAUACAGAAGAUGAGACUAUUAAUUUUGGAAAAAGACAAGUUGUAGAAAGUAAAACAUCUAUUUAUGAAACUGUCACACUUGCAUCCAUUCAACCAGAUGGAGAGGUCCAAAAUGAACCAACUAUUCAAGUUUUUCUUCAGUAUACUCGAUUGUGUAUAGUGGUAGAUAAAUCUAUUACAAUAUUCGAAGACGAAACAUGUCAAAACAUAUUACUAAAUAUUGCUUUUGAUUUUUUAAUAACAUCUUGUUGUAUAUCAAAAAAUGAAGAAUUUUUAUACGUCUUAUUAGAAAAUGGAAUGCUUUUUUGUUUAUACUUAAUAGAAGAGACUAGAAUUCUCUUUUCUAUAAAUACAUUUCAUAUUACGAACAAUCAUUUGGAUAUUAUGAAAAUAUUAUUAGAUGAAAAUGGUAACGAUUCAAUGCAAAUUAUUCUCGUUAAUAGAAGAGGCGUUAUUCAUAGAAUUACUUUCCCUCCUACCAAAGAAUUAACCAACAAUGUAAUUGAUUACGAAAAUAUAGAGUCGCAGAAAACAUUUGAAAAAAGUUUACAAGUUGAUAUAGAUUUUGCUGGAACCGAUAAACACGAGAGAUUUUCUGCGGUAGCAGUUGCAUCAGAUAUUUCAAAUUUUAUUUUCAUAGGAAAAGAUACAUGUUUUACUUGGCCAAGUGAAAAUUCUUGCAAUUUUACUACUUUGUCAUUUAGUUAUAAAAAAAUUCAAAUUCUUAAAAAGCUCAAUGCAAUGUUAUGUUUAUGUAUGGAUAACUUUAUGAGGAUAGUUUGUACUAAAACAUUAAUCGGUAAACAAAUCUACAAAGAAAAAGUAUCAGAUUUUAUGUUAAUUAUUGACGAAAGGGACAAUUAUUCGGAAAUUUUACUUUUAUUAGAAAAUGAAAAUAAGGAUACAUUAACUUUACGUUUGGUUUCUUUCCCUGAUUUUGAAGAAAAGUUUCAAAUAAUAAAUGUACCUUCGACUACAGCUUUAGUAAAUACUUUGAAUUCAUCUAUCAGAUCGAUAUUAUUCAUAGAAAAAAUAAUCAAUGGCAAAUACAUUGAUACGAUUAGAAUAAAAAGUAUAAUAGAAAGUGCGCCAAGCCUCUGUUUGGAAAGAUUAUUAAAGAGAAGACAAUUCGAAGAGGCUGAGAGUUUUGCGAAAAGGUUCAAUCUAACUUUGGAAAGUAUUCAUAUUUCUAAAGCGAUGUUAUUGGUAGAACAACUUAAUCCUUGGGCUAAAAGAACAUCGGAACAGAUUAAUUUAGAUAUGUUGAUAAAUACAUUAAAUCAAAUAAAUAACUUGCAAUUUAUUAUUACAUGUUGCACGAAUGCUCUUAUGAUAGAUUACAAGCAGAUGAAAAAAUUACUUUUAUACGCGAGACAAAGAAUUGUUGAUAAUAGCAAGGAUAAUAUGAACAUGAUACCAAAUGAGCAGCUAAAUAUUAAAUCUAUAAAUACCGCUGUUCAUAAGUUAGAAACUUUUGAAAUACUUUACGAAACUUUAAUAACUAACGAAUAUACCUUGGAUCAAACUUUAAACGAAUGGUUACGCUUCUCGCGAGCUGACUUGUUUGAAGAAUGUAAAAUUCGUUUGAGUAAGGGAGAACUUGAAGCUGCAGCUUUAAUUUGGUCCAGACAUUUGCCAGACAUAGAAAAGAAUUUAUCGAUUCAAACCGUACGAAAUAUUCUUAAAUUAAUUCCAGAUAAAAUUUCUCUAAACUUUUUAUGGGCGUGGCUAUCAAAUUUUAUGCCUUCUCUAUUAUCGCUAUUACCUGCAUCGAUAGAUGAUAUGAUUACAUGGGGUUGUCAAAAAAUAAUAUCUUUGGAAAAUUUUCAAUCCGAACAAUGGCCUCAAAUAGGCAUCGAUUUUGCUACUAAAUUUUUAGCUUUGUUAAAAUUCGAUAAAAAUCCACCUUUAUAUUUUUAUAAGGAAAAUAUUAAUGAAAGCUCAACAUUCAAAUUAUUUAUUCAUAUCGUUCAAAGUCUACACGAUUUAAAAUUAUUGAAAAUUGAUUAUAGGAUAAAGGUGCCUAUCAAUUCUUAUAUCGGUGAUCCGAUUGACGUAAUACAUUUGUUAUUAAAUAAAAUACUAAUCGAAGGUAUUCAUGAAUUCAUAAACAAAUUUUUAAAACAGUAUAUGCUUAAUCAUUCUUUAGAAAAUGAUAUAGUAUUUUCUUCGUAUAUCCAAAAACUUAUAUAUAAUUCAAAAGAUUGGUGGACAUGGGAAGAAGCUCAAUGGGAAAGAAGAGUCGCUGUUGUUAUCCCUUUUGUACAUGAUAUUCAGAAUCGGCUUAAGAUAACAUUAGAGAUAUUAAAAAAAGCACCCAUUCCAUGGAGUCCGACUAUAUCACAGUUAGCAGAAAUAAGUACAAAGUUUGAUCAUCCUUUAUCGACAAAAAUUAAAAUUGAACGAGAUUACGUACCAAUAAAAUUUAUAUUGAAGAAGUAUGGUUAUGCGAACAUUGGUAUUAACGAUAAAUUAAUAUUUUAUAUUAUCAAACAAAACCAUAAAGAAAUGAUAAACGAUUUAUACGAAUUGACUAAGAAUAAUGUGUUAUUAAGAAAAAACGCAUUAUCGUCUUGUAUUAAUUAUUAUUUAACUCGAGGAAAUUUGGAUAUACCAUUUCAAAUUUUAAACGAUUUGGAAGAUGAUAUUGUCCUUUAUUGCUGUGAGAGAAUCAUUAAUUAUAUCGUUUCUAGUUUUACUUUAAAGGAUGUUCCUGAAUCUAUAGAAAAUUACUUCGAAUGUUUAAGUUGGAUCGAUGCAAAAUUACAAGAAAUGUUAAUGGAAUCUAAAAUUAAACAAAUCUAUUACCAAGGCUUUUCAAAAAGAAUUAACGCAGUUAAAGAUUUAUAUCGAAUUAAAAAGGAGUUCAAUAUUAUUGUUCCUCUUGGUGAAUUGUAUAUUGGAAAGGAUAAAAUAUUACAGACUUGUAUCGCCAAUUUGAGUCAUGAAGUAAACGCGCAAUCUUUAUCUACUAUGACUGCGUACAAAAAAGCUGUUAAACUUGGAGAUAUUUUGAAAUUACCGAGACUGAAAGUUAUCUCUGUACUAUUAGAAGGUACACAAAAUCUUGACAUAUUAAAACAUUUAAUUGGAUUUGAGAAACCAAACGUUGACAUAACAGCAAACGAGUGUAAAUACGUGAAGGAUGUAUGUAGAUUAACUUUAAACAAUACAAAAGUAAAUGUAGAAACUGCAAAAAUUAUAAAAAGUUUAUGCGCACGCGCAUUAAACUGUUGCACUGGAUGUGAAAUAGAAUAUAUACUUAAGUAUCAUAAUUUGGCAGACUUAUAUUCGAAAUCUUUAGCUACAAAUAACACAAGUACUGUAAAUGAAAAUCCUGAAAAGAUACAAAAAUCGCAAUUGAAAUUACACACGAUGUAUAAUGAUCUCGUAAUAUCAUUCGAACCAUUAUUUUUUACCGUAAUAAAAGAUGUAUUGUCUAUUGUUAUAAAAUAUGCAAACUUCAAAAUUAUGUCGAACAAAACAGAAACAGUUAAAGAAGAUAUGAUUAAAGAGCAGAAAACGAUAGAAGAAUUGCUGAAUGAUUUACUUAUAAAAAUGAGGAACAUUAUUACUAUACAUAAGGAAUACGCAUUAUUCAAUAUAGUUAAAACAUUAUACUUCAGUUUUUGUUUUUCAUUAAAAAUCGAACAAAAUAUAUUAAAUAAACUAAAAUCUGUGUUAUCGCAGAAUAUACAAAACUUAUUGAAAAGAGUUAUAAAUGCUCCUAAAUUUGAUUUACAACUUGGUUUGGCCUGUCUUUUUAUGUUAUCCGAUGAAGAAGCAUCUAAGUCAUUAACGGAUUUUGCAAAACAUAGUACUACUUCGAUAUUAGCCUACGAAUACUUUAGCUUACAACAAAAUCAAUCACAAUUGGAAUCAGUUAAAUGGUAUAAAAUGUUACAUUAUUGGGCACAAAGAUUGACUGCUUAUUCUAUUGCAUAUAGAGAGAUUUUUAGCAGCGACAACGACAAGAAAAGACAAAUAUUAACACGUUUAAUGAAUAACAAUAAUAAAAACAUGAUUCCUAUUCUUCAAGAUUUUUGUAAAUCUUUUGGAUUUGAUAUAGACGAUUGCUUGAAACUUUAUCUAAAAGUAUUAUUAAAUACUUGGACUCCAACAUUUAAAAUUUCUUAUUGCAAUGGAGAAAGAGAAUUACAAAUUCCCGAAGAGGAGGUAAAUAAAUUAAGAGCAAAGUGUACUACCGUGGUAAACAAAAUUAUUGAGAAAAGUACAUUCAAACAAUAUGCUAAGAGUAUAUUGUCGGAAAUUAAUUUCUAUCAUUACGAAGCAUUUAUUAUUUUAUUGGACCUGGCGGAAAUAGAAAGCAGUGAAACAAGAAAUUAUUUUUGUUUUUUAAAAAAUUAUACUAGAUGCGGACAACCUACGUUAGUAGAACAGGAAGAAUGGGUGCGUUUUAGUCCGGAAUAUAAAUCGUUACCUGCUAUUUCAGAAUAUAGGCUUCCUUUUUUACCCAAAAUCGAUAUUUGGAAACUAAUAACAUCUGAAUUAAAUUUGAAGUCUUAUGAAAAAUGGUUGACUAUCGUACCUAUCAUCAAAUUAGAACCGCAUAUAUUAUGUACUGUUGCCAUAAAGGAAGCAGUCAUUCAAGAAUGGGGACCUAUAAAUAGCAGAAGAAAAACUAUGGAAUGGUCGAUUUAUCCUAAAAAUAAUAUUUUCCUUCAAAACGUAAUAAAGUGUAUCGAACGAAUGGGACCAGAUGCGUUAUAUUAUGCGACUGCUGCAUUAUAUUACGUUGUUAAUUACACACCUCCUGGUGCUGAUCAAGUAGCUGCGAUAAAGCAUUGUUUUAAAUUUGCCGAAUUGGCGGUUAAACAAUCAACGAAUUUCGAAGAAGGUUUAUUAGAAAAAAUUCGAUUUAAAUAUGAAAGAUUCACCGCUGAGCAUAUAUUACGAUCUCACGGUUUGGGAAAAGAAAAUUAUAUCUCUUUGAUUUCGUAUCCACACGAGUUAGUUCAUGCGUUAUAUAUGGAUGAUAGUAUACCAUUAAGAUACCAAAGUGCAAUAAAUAUUAGACCUGAUAUCAAUUCAGCCGUUGAUGCUUUAGGUCAUCUCUUUAAUUUGAAUUUAGUCAAACUGCGUUUCCAAUUACUUCAAGAAUGGUUACAACCAGAUGCUAUUGAACAAAAUGGAUUUGAUCAGAGUGUUACGGAUGUACUUUUUACUUUAAAUCGAGCAAACCUCAGUUUGAAUUCUGAAACUAAUUUAUGCAGAGCUUGUUACAUGCUUCAACACGGAAAUGUUGAUUUAUCGGUACAUUUUCUAAUAGACAUUGGUUUUAGUGAAAAUCCUGAAAAUGAUUAUAAUACUGAAAUGCGAUACAGAGCAUUGGACAUUUUGCAAUCGAUGACAGAUCCAACGACUUUAGAGAACCUAACAAAACGAGAAAUAUCAACUGUUAGACAAUAUACAAAAAUUUUAAAAUAUGUAAGCAAAUUGGAAACAUUAGGAUUAGGAUACGAUAUAACCACGUUCAAAACGAGUUCUAAACACGAACUUGUACAAAUGUUAUUAAACACUCAAUAUCAUUCUCGACAAGCUUUGACUUUAAUUGCAGACAUUUGCAUGGAUUACAAUAUAAAUGACUGUGCUAUUUGGGAUAAAUGUUUAAUGGAAAUGAUUAGAUUAGUUAUGGUAAUUGAAUUGACGGAAAUUUUACCACGAAUAAGUAGAACAAGUAUCAUUACAACAUGUAAAGGAUAUAAAUUGGCAUGGCAAAUUGUUAUAGUAGAACCAUUCAGUAAAAUGGAUAUGAAACCAUCCUCGGAACAAAUAGAUGCUUGCAUAACUGCAUUCUGUCUUUUGUAUUCGUGUCCUGUUACAUAUGAGCUAAAAUUCAAUGAUAUUUUAAAUUAUUGCUUUCUAACUCAACAACCACAUUUAGCAGUCGCUUUCUUACCAUAUUUAAGUACUGUCGAUAAACAAUUUGUUUUCACCCGUAUCAAAUCUUUCUCAAAUGUGCAAAAUAUUAUCGACAAUUUGAAUGAUUUGUCGUCAAAAGGAAUACUUGGAAUUCAAUAUUGUAUUACAAUAUUAAAACAAAAUUUAACAAAAGAGGUAUCACAGUAGUAACAUAAUCGUUUAUAUUUUCUAACAUGUAUAUUUCUUCUUCUUCUUCUUUUUAUUCUUUUUUUUAUUUAGGUAUAAUAAGAGAACGAUACAUUUAAAUAACUUAUUACAUAUUCUAAUGUGUAAUUUAGUUUUCUUUUUAAUACAUUUUUUAUAACUGAGAAUAUUCAUCUAUUAAUAAAUUUUUAUCUCUACAUACUUUAAUUCUAAUAGCACCAGAUAUAGCACUUAUAGAUAAAAUUUUAAUACGAGACACUAUCAAUUGAUUCAAGUUGUCGAGAGGUCGAUUAACAAUAACAUCAAUUUCAUCGUCUAGUUUAACCUGCGAUAUAAAAAUAUGUAUAUAUAUAUA